AUGCCGCCCCAGAAGCGCAAGUCAUCGAACAGCUCUGCUGCCAAUGGAGGCUCCUCGCACGCGAGCAAACGCGGCAAGCCCGACCUGUCGCGUCCCCAUCCCAACGCGAAAGAGACUGAGGAGUUUGGAAUCGUCCUUCGGGAUUUUUACCCUCCUGAGAUGUGCAAUGAGCGCUGCGAGGCUUACAACAAUGGAAUGCUAGAACGACCGAUCGAAACCCUGCAGAAGGCCUACGAAGACACCGUGGAGGAGCGUCAGGCCAUCGAUGCCAAUGCGGCGGUUGUGCACUGGUUCAAAUCCGACCUCCGGCUGCAUGAUAACCGGGGAUUGCAGAUGGCGUACCAAGUUGCGCGCGACAACAAAAUUCCACUGAUUUGUUUGUACAUUCAGUCCCCGGAAGACCUUACAGCCCACCUGACUAGUCCGGCUCGCGUCGACAUGACCUUGCGUACGUUGGGUCAGCUGCAACGGGACCUAGGCGAGUUGGAUAUCCCGUUGUACAUGGAGACGCAGGAGAAACGCAAGGCGAUCCCUCAACGUAUUGUCGAGCUUUGUCAGGAGUGGGGUGCGAACCACCUGUUUGCCAAUCUCGAGUACGAGGUGGAUGAGCUGCGUCGGGAGGCAGCGUUGGUGCGACUAUGCGCGCAGAACCGCAUCAAAUUCGAAGCCGCCCAUGAUACAUGCAUCGUCACGCCGGGGAAGCUUUCUAGUCAGCAGGGGAAACAAUAUGCGGUAUACAGCCCAUGGUUCCGCUCGUGGUGUGCAUUCCUCAAGGAAAAUCCCGAGUACCUCGACGUGGCCGAUGAGCCAGGCUCCAAUCCCAGCAAUGCCCGCAAGCAUUUCAAGAAGCUCUUCGACUGCCAAGUACCUGUCGCACCGAAGAAUAAACAGCUCUCGGAGGAGGAGAAGACACAUUUGCGUAAAUUGUACCCCGAGGGCGAGCAUGAGGCAUUGAAGCGACUAGAGGCGUUUUUGGAGGAAAAGGCGAAAAAGUAUGACGACUUGCGGAACAGCGUGGCAGGAGAAACCACAUCCGUGCUGAGCCCCUACUUUGCUUCUGGUGCCCUGAGUGCACGAACCGCAGUUGUCCAAGCCCAGAAGGCGAACAAGGGCCAACUAGAUCGCAACCAACCCGGUUACCAGUCAUGGAUCAGCGAGGUGGCCUGGCGGGAUUUCUACAAGCACGUCCUCGUGAAUUGGCCUUUUAUCUGCAUGAACAAAUGCUUCAAGCCUGAGUUUACAGAUCUGGAAUGGGAGUAUGACCAGAACCUGUUCGAUGCCUGGAGCCAGGGCAAGACCGGCUUCCCGAUAGUGGAUGCGGCCAUGCGGCAGCUGAAGGAGGCAGCGUGGAUGCAUAACCGCACGCGCAUGGUGGUGUCGUCGUUCCUGGCGAAGGACCUGCUGAUCGACUGGCGCCGCGGAGAACGGUACUUCAUGGAGCACCUGAUCGACGGCGACUUCGCCUCCAACCACGGGGGGUGGGGAUUUGGAUCCAGCACCGGGGUCGAUCCACAGCCAUAUUUCCGUAUCUUCAACCCACAGCGCCAGAGUGAGCGGUUUGACCCGGAUGGGGAAUACAUCCGACGCUGGGUGCCAGAGCUGCGUGACGUGGAGGGCGCGGCGAUCCAUGAUCCAUACGGCCGGGAGGGGGAGGCGAGCAAGAUCGCGGAGAAGAAUGGCUAUCCGCGACCCAUUGUGGUCCAUGCAAAGAGUCGGGAUCGUGCGCUCGAGCGGUAUAAGAAGGCCAGUGGACACUAGGAUGCUGCAGAUGGGUUAUGAAUACUACCAUGAAUGUCCACGACGC